CAUUCGUAAGAGCAACAUCGAAAUUUCAUCAGUAUGAAGCAGAAAACCAACAAAUCUAUCACUUCAUGCAUAGCCUCUCGGCAAGCAAGUGUCUUGCUGGGAGAAAAACAAACCCAGCCGAGUGGAGAUUAAUCUCAGCCUCCCCAACACCUUUAAAAUCCAUCAUGCCCCACAACAAGUGAGACACACCCAGGCUCCAGUACAGCCCAGCACCAGCAUACUAUAAGAAAGCCACUAUCACCACAAUCACCCCGUGACAAACAAAAAACAACAUCCUCCCUAGAAAUCCAGUUCAUUCCAAAACACCCAUCAACCAGAAUAGCGACGCACACCUCACCCCCUAGCCUAACCAAAAAAGAGUAUUACCAUCGAAAAUGAUCCUAGGCUUCCUCGGCAACAUCAACAUCGCCGUCCGCCUGAUGAGAAAAACCUACCCCGACGCCCAACUCUACGAAGUAAAAGCCACAGACCUCAGUCCCCGUCCCACGGCCACAACCUCCCUGACAGCAGUCUUCCGGGUCGGCGACGGCGACAGCAACGCUACGGCGUUGAUCUCCACAGGAGACAGGAUGUGGGGCGAAUGGGGUGAUGUCGAGUUCAUCCCGGAAUCGUGGCUGGGGGGUGCGGUCAUUCCUUGGCCGAUUGAGAUGGAUGUUGAUGAGGCGGAUGCGCUUCUCAGGGACGCGGGGUUUACGGGUCGUUAUACGGUUGUUACGCUGCGGUGGCCGCUUUGUUCGGGGUUGGAUGGGCCGGGUUAUGUUUUUGAGGUUGGGAGGGAGAAUGUGUUUGUGGGGGCGCGGGAUGGGACGGUUUUUGUGGGGGGUUCGGGGUUGCGAGGGGGGAGGUUGGGGGUUUAG